AAAGGAUACAGUAAUUUUUGAAAAGUUCUGCAUAUGAAUAUGAUGACUAUGAAAUGGCUCUCGUUUCUGCUGCUGCUACAGCUGACUUGCUACUUCAACUCUGGAAAUUGCGGAAAGGUGCUGGUGUGGCCAGUGGAAUAUAGUCAUUGGAUAAAUAUAAAGACAAUUCUUGAUGAACUGGUCUCAAGGGGUCAUGAGGUGACUGUUAUGACAUCUUCAGCUUCCAUUUUUAUUAAUACCAGAAAAGAAUUUGGUAUCAAAUUUGAGAAUUUCCCUGUUUCUUUAACUAAAGAUGAUUUUGAGUAUAUCUUCAAGGAUUUGCUUGAUAAGUGGACAUAUAUGGAAAAAGAUUCUUUUUUUUCAUAUUUCUCAGCAUUGCAAAGUUUAUUUUGGAAAUAUUCUGAUGUGGCCAUGAAGAUGUGUAAAGAAGCUGUUUCAAACAAGAAACUUAUAACAAAACUACAGGAAUCAAGCUUUGAUGUCCUUCUUGCAGAUGCCAUUGGACCCUGUGGUGAGCUGCUAGCUGAGAUACUUAAAGUGCCUUUAGUGUACAGUCUCCGCUUCUCUCCUGGUUUUUCAAUUGAAAAGUAUAGUGGGGGCCUUUCACUCCCACCGUCCUACGUACCUGUUAUUAUGUCAGAAUUAAGUGAUCAAAUGACAUUCGUGGAGAGGGUAAAAAAUAUGAUAUAUGUACUUUAUUUUGACUUUUGGUUCCAGACAUUUAAUGAGAAGAAAUGGAAUCAAUUUUACAGUGAAGUACUAGGAAGACAGACUACAUUAUCAGAGACAAUGGGAAAAGCUGAAAUGUGGCUCAUUCGAACCUACUGGGAUUUUCAAUUUCCUCACCCACUACUACCAAAUUUUGAAUUUGUUGGCGGCCUUCACUGCAAACCUGCCAAAUCCCUGCCUAAGGAAAUGGAAGAGUUUGUCCAGAGCUCUGGAGAAAAUGGUAUUGUGGUGUUUACUUUGGGGUCAAUGAUCACUAACAUGACAGAAGAAAGAGCCAAUACAAUUGCAUCAGCCCUUGCCCAGAUUCCACAGAAGGUGUUAUGGAGAUACAGUGGCAAAAAACCGGACACCUUAGGACCUAAUACUCGGCUGUAUGACUGGAUCCCCCAGAACGACCUUCUUGGUCAUCCAAAAACCAAAGCCUUUAUAACUCAUGGUGGAACCAAUGGCAUUUACGAGGCCAUCUACCAUGGAAUCCCUAUGGUGGGCAUUCCUUUGUUUGCUGAUCAACCUGAUAACAUCGCUCAUAUGAAGGCCAAGGGAACAGCUGUCAGAUUGGACUUCGAAAAAAUAUCAACAAGAGAUUUGCUUAAUGCAUUGAACGAAGUCAUUAAUAAUCCUUCAUACAAAGAGAAUGUGAUGUGGUUAUCAACCAUUCAACAUGAUCAGCCUAUGAAGCCCCUUGACAGAGCAGUCUUCUGGAUUGAGUUUGUCAUGCGCCACAAAGGAGCUAAGCACCUGCGGCCAGCCGCCCACAACUUCACCUGGUACCAGUACCACUCUCUGGAUGUGAUUGGGUUCCUGCUAGCAUGUGUGGCAACUGCUGCAUUUGUCAUCACAAAAUGUUAUCUAUUUUGUUACCGAAAGUUUCUUAAAACAGGGAAGAAGAAGAGGGAGUAG